AUGGGUGAAGCAGAAAAGUACCGGCAGGGUGACCCCGAGCAGCAGUUCCAGAACCCAGGGCAGAGCCAGUAUCACAACCAACAGCCUGUCAAUGGCCAGUAUCAGGAUCAUCCGUAUGGCCCUCCGCCGCCCUACAGCUUCAAUCCUCCGCAACCAAACGACGAGAAAUACUCCUUCAAUGAUGCUUUCAAGCUGGAGAAGCCCAAGUACAAUGAUCUAUGGGCGGGACUCCUUUUUCUCCUUGCCUUUGCAGGCUUUGUCGCCAUCUCGGGCAUCGCGAUCCACGGCUACAGCAGCGGCUUCCACGGCGACGGCAUCUACAAUGACCUCAACAGCUUCUCGCUCAACAGCAACACCAUUAUACUCUUCGCCUUCUGCCUCGUCAUCGCCUUUGUGUUCUCGUACGGAUACGUCUGGCUGGCGCGCAUCUUUCCAAAGCAGUUUAUAUGGGUCACUGGCAUCCUCAACCUGGCUUGGGCGCUCGGGACGGCCAUCUUCUACUUGAUCAAGGGGUACUGGUCUGGUGGGAUAGUCUUCCUCAUCUUUGCCGUUUUCCUCAUCUUUGCGUUCUGGACCUGGAUCGGCCGCAUUCCCUUCUCGGCGCUGAUGCUCAAGACGAGCAUCGAUGUCAGUAAGAAACAUGGCCAUGUCUACAUCGUCAGUCUCAUUGGAGGCCUUGUGGCCACGGCGUUGGCUGCUUGGUUCUCAGUCACGCUGGUCGCCAUUUACGUCGCCUACGAACCAUCGCCCGACAAUCCACGAUGCUCCGUCUCGGGAAACAAUUGCAGCCACGGGAAGGUGAUUGGCCUCGUCGUCUACAUUACAUUUGCCAUGUUCUGGAUCUCCGAAUGGCUCAAGAACACCGUCCACACUAUUAUUGCUGGUGUCUACGGGUCCUGGUACUUUUCACCGCACAACUUCCCCAGGAAGGCCACCCGCGGUGCCGCCAAGAGAGCACUCACAUAUAGCUUUGGCUCAAUUUGCUUCGGCAGUCUGAUAGUGGCCUUCAUCCAAUUCCUGAAGCAAGUGUGUAGCGUUGCUCGGUCUCAGGGCGCAAACGAAGGCGGUGCCGGCGGCAUGAUUGCCUAUGUCAUCUUCUGCAUUCUCACAUGCCUGAUCAGCAUCAUCGAAUGGGUCGUGGAAUUCGUCAACCGAUACGCUUUCUGUCACAUUGCACUCUACGGCAAAGCGUACAUUGCCUCUGCCAAGGACACCUGGAGGAUGAUCAAGGAUCGCGGCAUUGAUGCCCUGGUCAACGACUGUCUUGUCGGCCCUGUUCUCUCCUUUGGUGCCAUCUUCAUUGGCUAUGCAUGUGCCCUCUUUGCUUACCUCUACCUCCUGGAGACUGACCCUCCAUACAACCGCGACGGGGGAUUCACAGCCGUUAUCAUGGCCUAUGCGUUCCUGAUCGGCUUCCAAAUUGCGCACAUCUUCACGACCCCGUUGGGAAGUGGUAUCGAUACCAUUUUUGUUGCUGCCGGCUGGGAUCCGCAGGUCAUGAUAAGGGACCACCCAGAGCUGUAUCAAGAAAUGGUUCGGGUCUACCCAAGGGUUCAGCAGGCCAUUCGUUGA